UGUAUUUAAUUUUGUGUUUUACAGCUUAUCGGCCAUCUGCUAACGGAAAACGAAGUUUCUCAAAACGAAACUGUGAAUGUUCAAACAAAUCCAACUUUGGUUGAAGAAGAAACCAUCAUGAUCAUAAAUGUGAAGGAUAUUAUUGAACCAACCCAUAAGAACGUUGGAGUUCAAUGUGAAAUAUCACUAAGCGACUUAAACAGAAGCUGUCAAACUGAUCGGUUAGAAUCAUGUGACUUUGAAGCGCAAGCUCCCGAGUAUUAUUCCAUUUCUGCUAAUUACGUUGCUGUGGUAAACGAUCACGCAUAUUCCAAAGAAAAAACUGUUUGCUUCACUCCUUCUAAAAGAAAGCACGUUUGUGAGGACGUCUCACUCUCUCCUAUAAACUCGUCAUUACAAUCCUUACCAACUGACGAUGAAAAAGACUCUGAUUACAUCGCUGAAAGUGCAGAAGAGUCAAUCAAUAUUAGUGAUGCUCAUGAAACCGAACGAAGCAUUUUAAAAGAAAAGAAAUUUGUUGUUUUCGAAAGCAUGCUAGAUGAAAUAUUUAACUUACUGCCCUGUCGUUCUUGUGAUGGAACCGCAACCAGUAUCGAAAAGCAUGAGCAGGGAACGUGUGUACUAUACAAAGGGUAUUGCAUCAAUGAGCAUGUGGUUUUUGACUGGAAAAGUCAACCCAUGCUUGGAAAAAUGCCAGCAUUUAAUUUGUUGCUAUCCUCUGCAAUAUUUUGUUCAGGAAACACAUAUGAAAGGGUGAAGAAAGUUGCGAAUUUUUCUGGUUUAAAUUUUGUCAAUCAGCGAACAUACUAUGAUGUUCAGCGAUCACUGAUAAUCCCAACUGUAAACGACCAUUUCGUGAAAAAUAUUGCCAGUGCAAGAGAGGAUAGUCGGGGAGAGAAUGAAGCAUGUCUUGGCGAUGGCAGAUUUGACUCACCUGGUAAAUCUGCCAAGUAUUGCACAUAUAGUUUACAAUCGUCAGCGUCUAACAAAAUUGUUGCGACAACCACAAUCCAAACAACAACCGGUAAAGGUUCGGCGCCCUUGGAGUUACAAGGCUUCAAAAAUUGCCUUGAGCAGUUAAGUUCCGAUAACUAUCCUGUAGGAAGAGUUGCCACGGAUCGAAACAGGCAAAUCGCUAAAUGGAUACGUGAAAACAGGUUAGAUAUCAUGCAUCGGUAUGAUCCAUGGCAUUUUGCUAAGAACAUGAAGGCCAAACUUAGACCAUUAGUAAAACGAAAAGAUAGGCGAAUAUUACAGGAUUGGAUCAAACCAACAGGAAAUCAUCUUUUCUGGUGUGCCGAAAACUGCCAAGGUGACCCAGAGCUGCUGGUGCAAAUGUGGAAGUCGAUACUUCAACAUGUUACGAAUAAACAUAAUUUCGCGAAGCAAUAUCCCAAGUAUCCCAGGUGCCGACACGAAGCCUAUUCUAGUGCUGAGGCACGAAAGAAGAAGUGGAUUGAGAAACAUUUGCCAGCGUAUAAUGCAUUGGAAGAAAUCGUCCUUGAUAAAAAAAACUUGAAGGAUAUGGAACUUCUUUGCGAACCAUACCACACAGGGGGCGUGGAAGUUUUUCACUCACUGAUAACAGCGUACGCACCAAAACGGCAACAUUUCGAGUUGAAUGUGAUGAACGCCCGAGUGAAGUUGGCUAUCUUGGACCAUAACAAUAACGUUGGUCGAAAGCAGGCUGUUGUAAAAUGCGCGCGUAAAGGGAGUCAGAAGGUCGGUGAAAAAAAGUGGAAGUUUGUCUCAAGCAAAUUGAAUAAAGAGUGGGUCGCGAAACCUGUGAAAGAACCCAAGUCUUUCAGUUUUGUUGAUGCGAUAAUGAAUGACAUAAUUGAAAGAAAGGAGAGUGGGGUAAAGGUAAAGAUCUCUGGUAAAGAAGUUGUAAACAAGCUUAGUCGACCACGUAACAUUGCCCACACGGCCAGACCUGACACUUCGAAAAUUUUGUUGUUAUUGUUUGUUUAAAAAUGUUAAAGUCCCGUUAUAUGUCAACAAAUUCUUUGAAUCCAGUAUAUUUUCCAUCUGAAUCAGGAAAUUCUUCCCUUAUUUUCCGCACAACACAAGCUAGAAUCACCACGCGACAUCCUUUUCCAAGCCUUUCAUAAUAAUGUACCCAGGCCGUGUACUGUCGGUAACUGGUGUACCUCAUUUCCCUACAAC